AUGACUACAGAAUCGGGAUCGGACUCCGAGUCCAAGGACAAAGAGCAGGAUCAGCAGGAGAGCCCUGCGCAGCAAGGGGCGGCGGAGACCCAGCCGCAGGACCAGCAGCAGCAGCAGCAGCUGAGCGAAGAGCAUCAAAACGCGCUCGAGCAGUUCUCGGCCGUGGCAGCCCACAGCACGCCAGUGAAGAAGGAGCAGGCCACAGACAAAGAACAGGAGUUUGCUGCUGCAAGUGCAAAACAGCUGGAAUACCAGCAGCUGGAAGACGACAAGCUCUCUCAAAAAUCAUCGUCUAGCAAACUUUCCAAGUCUCCUCUAAAGAUCGUCAAGAAACCGAAAAACAUGCAGUGCAAAGUGACACUCCUGGAUGGAUCGGAAUAUGCAUGUGAAGUAGAGAAACGUUCCAGAGGUCAAGUGCUGUUCGACAAAGUGUGCGAGCAUCUGAACCUUUUGGAAAAAGACUACUUUGGGCUAACGUACAGAGACACGGAAAACCAAAAGAAUUGGUUGGACCCUGCCAAGGAAAUCAAGAAGCAGAUCCGAAGUGGUGCUUGGCAGUUUGCAUUUAAUGUGAAAUUCUACCCUCCAGACCCUGCCCAGCUAUCUGAAGAUAUUACCAGGUACUACCUCUGCUUGCAGCUGAGAGAUGACAUCGUGUCGGGUCGGCUGCCCUGCUCGUUCGUCACCCUGGCCCUGCUGGGCUCCUACACCGUGCAGUCAGAGCUCGGCGACUACGACCCCGACGAGUACGGCAGCGACUACGUCAGCGAAUUUCGCUUUGCGCCAAAUCACACUAAAGAGCUGGAGGAUAAAGUGAUCGAGCUGCACAAGAGCCACAGGGGAAUGACACCUGCAGAGGCUGAGAUGCAUUUCCUGGAGAAUGCCAAAAAACUGUCCAUGUAUGGAGUAGAUCUCCAUCAUGCUAAGGAUUCUGAAGGAGUGGAAAUCAUGCUAGGAGUUUGUGCAAGUGGUCUCUUAAUAUAUCGAGACAGACUCAGAAUAAAUAGAUUUGCCUGGCCAAAGGUUCUGAAAAUUUCCUACAAGAGGAACAACUUCUACAUCAAAAUCCGGCCAGGGGAGUUUGAGCAGUUUGAAAGCACUAUUGGGUUUAAGUUGCCAAAUCAUCGUGCUGCAAAGCGCUUAUGGAAAGUGUGUGUUGAGCACCAUACAUUUUUCAGGCUCCUGCUGCCAGAAGCACCUCCAAAGAAGUUCCUCACGCUGGGCUCCAAGUUUCGCUACAGCGGCCGGACGCAGGCCCAGACGAGAAGAGCCAGCGCCCUCAUAGACCGUCCCGCACCUUACUUUGAGCGGUCUUCUAGUAAACGUUACACUAUGUCUCGCAGCUUAGAUGGGGCAUCAGUGAAUGAAAACCAUGAAAUGUACAUGAAGGAUUCUGUGUCUGCUGCAGAGGUUGGUACUGGCCAGUACGCCACAACAAAGGGCAUCUCUCAGACCAACUUGAUAACCACUGUGACUCCAGAGAAAAAGGCAGAAGAAGAGAAAGAUGAUGAAGAGGGGAAAAAGAAAAGAGCAGAGGAAGUCACCCCGGUCUCGGCAAUACGCCAUGACACAAAAAAAUCUUUGCUUGGCACUGACUCCCACCAUCCCUCGCCAUCCUCGCAGCCUGGCCCCCAUGCAUCUUCAGCAAAGCUUCGGAGGAGAUGCAAGGAGAGCGCUCGAACAAAGUCCGUAGGUUGUGAGGCGCCCAAAGAGAGCGCUCCAAAGCACGGCGAGUCGGAGCCAGACUCUGACAGAAAGGGGCGAGUUUGCUCCGCCGAGCAAGACGUGGCUUUCGGCUAUAAGCAAAAAGCUGGCAAAGGCGGAACGCUGUUUUCCUUCUCCUUGCAACUUCCAGAGUCAUUUCCUUCCCUCCUGGAUGAUGACGGCUACCUGUCACUCCCUAACCUCUCCGAAACCAACCUCCUGCCUGCCAGCGUGCAGCACUACCUUCCCAUCCGCUCCCCCUCCCUGGUGCCUUGCUUCCUCUUCAUUUUUUUCUUUCUGCUCUCUGCCUCUUUCUCAGUGCCAUACGCCCUCACUCUCUCCUUUCCUCUGGCUAUGUGCCUCUGCUACCUGGAGCCCAAGGCGGCCUCCUUGAGUGCCUCACUUGCCAAUGACCUGAGUGACAGUUCAGAGGAAGAGACUGACAGUGAGCAGACGGAUACUGCAGCUGAUGGUGAGACCACUGCCACCGAGUCGGAUCAAGAGGAGGACGGAGAUCUAAAGGCACAGGACCUAGACAAAACCCAGGAAGAUCUGAUGAAACAUCAGACCAAUAUAAGCGAGCUGAAACGCACCUUCUUGGAAACCUCCACAGAAACGGCUGUGUCUAACGAGUGGGAGAAGAGGCUUUCCACAUCUCCCGUUCGCCUUGCCGCAAGGCAGGAGGAAGCUCCUAUGAUUGAACCACUAGUGCCUGAAGAGGUCAGC